UUCCUUAGGCUAAAAAUGUCAGGGUUUGGUUUGGUUUGGUUGGUUUGUGUGUGUGGUUUUUUGUUGUUGUUGUUGUUAAACUUCAGAGGGGAAAAAGGGUGGAAGUGGAGGAGUCCUUUGCUAGCAGGCGGCGGCGGCGGCGGCGGGACAGGCCGGGCCGGGCGCUGCCCCAGCUCCAGCUCCAGCCCUCAGCCGCCAGCGCCUCACGGGCCCUGCCCUCACGGCUGCCCAGUUCCAGGCCGCCCGGCCCGCAACUCUCCCCACGUACCUCCAUUUAACCAAAGCACCGCGGCGCUGGGCCAGCAGCCCUCCUCUCCCGCCGGCCGCCCGGGGCGGGUGAUAAGCAGGAGGCGGGCCCGGGGCCGUCCCGUCCCGUCGCCGGCGGCACGGCGCGGCAUGGCGGGCGGCGCGGCGGGGCUGCUGCCGCUGGCCGCCCUGCUCGGCUUCCUGCCGGCCGCGGCCCAGCGGCAGCUGCGCUUCAGGCCGCCGGCCGAGGCCCCCGUCCGGCUCUUCACCGAGCCCGAGCUGGCCAGAUACGACGGGCAGCAGGAAGGACAGCCUAUUUACCUGGCGGUGAAGGGAGUAGUGUUUGAUGUCACUUCUGGAAAAGAGUUUUAUGGAAAAGGAGCCCCAUACAAUGCUUUGGCUGGAAAAGACUCAACAAGAGGAGUUGCAAAGAUGUCUCUGGAUCCAGCAGAUCUUACACAUGACACAGAAGGACUCACAGAAGAAGAACUCAAGUCCCUGGAUGAUAUCUUCAAUAACGUUUAUAAGGCCAAAUAUCCAAUUGUUGGCUAUACUUCUCGACGAAUUCUGAAUGAGGAUGGCAGCCCCAAUCUAGACUUUAAACCUGAAGAUCAGCCACAUUUCAACAUUAAAGAUGAGUUUUGAGGAACGUUUUUGUACUUAAAGAAUGCCUGGGGAGAGGCACAACAGAAUAUUAGGUUGCUUCCCUAUUUUCUGGAGUUUAUUACAACAAUUGGCUAUCAUGAGUCAGUUUUCUGUUUAGAAAAUACAUGUGUGUGUACACAUAGUUUACACAGCAUUUUUCGUUCCAGGAAACACACAGAUCUGUAUUACUGUCAUACACUUGGGCUCUUUGCUCUGAAUUAUGGGAAUUAUUUCAUAUGAAAGUUCUUUCUGCCUGGGUUUCUCUAUUUACAAGCACAAAAUGUAAAAUUACAGUCCUCAGAAGAGACAAGGAAGUUUUUAAUAGUUGAAACAUGACUCGUCUUUUUGUAAAUCCCAAGUUGUUUCCCACUCCUUGGAAAAGUGGGAAUGCAUUAUCUCGACGAGCUAACAUCAAUUCUCCAUGCUUCAGGUGAGUGUAGGUAUCACAUGUAAAAACAGGUGUACUAGAGGCAUAAAUUUUAAAAAGCAUUGUAGGAUUUAUAUUUGACAGGUUUGGGAAUACCGGAUAUAAAACCACUCAAUCUCCUAAAAUGCAGUUACUGUGGAAUAUUUAUGCAAAGCCUACAGCUGUAAACCAAGAAAAAUAAAUCUUUUUUUUUUCCCC